UCUGUCUGUCUGUCACUAAAAAUCACCUGCAUAUCCCACUUCUCUCCUUUUCUUUUCUGUCUCUCCUCUCAGUCUGUCUUUUCACCAAUCUCUCACCUUGUAUAGUAAUUCUUCGUUGUUUAUACCCCCGUCUUAUCUUUGCGCCUCGGCUUUCGGCUCGUUUGACCAACAGACAAACCUCCUUAUCUCCGAGUCUCACCGCCGUCGACCGCUUCUUUUUGUUGACAUCCCAAAACAGUCGAAUUCAUAUCCACGCCCCCACUCGCCUGUUGCCCGGCUUUGGAUGCGCUGUUGGAUAUGGUGGUUAUCGCGAAAUACAGCCAUAAGUAGCUCGGAAGCAAUCCUUGCUUCAUCUCACAUCCCUCAAGAUGACUCGAUCGACUCCAGUCAAAUUCCCUUCGGCUCCCUCAGACAUCGAGCAUGUCUCGAUCGAAACCGACAGUCGGAGAAUCAGCGCUCAAACGGCCCCUCCGUCGCCGUCCGCUACCAGGCGCCAUCACAGCUACCUGUCCGAAGCCCACACCGGCUAUGAAACGCUAGAACCUCAUCUGGAGAUCGGAGAGACCACCAGCCUCCUUCCCAAGGGGCGUGAGCAUCGGCGCAGUAUUCCGAGGUCCUACACUACGAUAUCCGGCAACUCAGGCCCUGAUGUAAACUUCAGACACAGCUUGCUGGCGGGAAGUCUUCGGCGAUCACGCCAUCACAGCCGCGCUAAUUCGCAGGCUUUGCGGUUCAGUCGACGCGACAGCGAUCCCACUAUGAGCGUCGCUCCGUCGGCUAAGGACGACAUGACUGCCUCGUUCCUGGACGAGCGAAGCUGGUAUGAUCAAUUUACAUCCACAGACUGGGUCCACGAUAGUAUUGCGGACGGUGCUCGUCUACGAGAGUUACGCCGGCGCAAAGAUGUUCGGGGGCGCCUACUGGCAUGGUUAGAUGGCAGCCAGGGCUGGGUCCUGGUUGCCUUGAUCGGCUGCAUAACCGCAGCCAUUGCCUUUUCGGUGGAUGUGACCGAGAAAUUUGUCUUUGACGUGAAAGAAGGCUUCUGCACGACACACUGGUUCCACAGCCGGCAAAGCUGCUGCACGGGAGGACUCGAGUGUCCCGCGUGGAGGUCCUGGUCAAAUAUCUUGAGCCCUUCGGGUAGCGAAAACCAGUGGAUCGACUACGGCAUGUUCAAUUUCUGGGUAGUCCUCCUCUCCGUGAUCUCCUGCGCCCUGACGAUGCUCACGAAGACGGUGGUACCCUCAUCCAUCUCGCUGACGACUCUGGACGAGAACCUCGGCGCUGCGUCCUCCCGCGGGACUAAAGGCAAGACUGGGAACUCCAGCUCUCAUGACUCCCCAAGUGGUCUACAAGCACCGGGCGCCGUUAUCCCCACGCGUCCCGCUAUGACAUAUUUCUCAGCAGCAGGGAGCGGAGUGGCCGAGGUCAAGGUCAUCAAUAGCGGUUUCGUCUUACACGGCUAUCUCGGCUUCAAAACUCUCGUUAUUAAGACGGUCGCUCUGGUCUUUAGUGUCGCGUCCGGCCUGAGCCUGGGUAAAGAGGGUCCCUAUGUGCACAUCGCAACCUGCGUUGGCAACAUUUGUUGUCGCCUGUUUGCCAAGUACAACCUCAAUGACGGCAAAAGGCGUGAGGUCCUGAGUGCAAGCGCUGCAAGUGGUGUUGCCGUCGCCUUCGGAGCUCCUAUUGGUGGUGUGCUCUUCAGCCUUGAGGAAGUCAGCUACUACUUCCCUCCGAAAACACUCUUCAGGACUUUCUUCUGCUGCAUUGCAGCAGCUCUGUCGCUCAAAUUCCUCAACCCUUACGGAACAGGCAAGAUCGUCUUAUUUGAGGUCCGUUAUGUGGGCGACUGGGAGAUUUUCGAGAUGGUCAUUUUCAUCCUGCUGGGUGUGCUUGGCGGAGCAGCCGGAGCUCUAUUCAUCAAGGCUUCGAGCCUCUGGGCGCGGUCGUUUCGUCGCAUCCCAAUCAUCAAGCGCUACCCUAUGCUCGAGGUGAUUCUUGUGGCUCUGGUUACUGGUCUCGUCGGAUUCUGGAAUCGUUACACCAAGCUGCCGGUCUCUGAGUUGAUGUUUGAAUUGGCGAGCCCGUGUGACCAUGAGUCUUCCUCACCAACGGGGUUGUGCCCUACCGAAGAUGGGAUCGGUGAGAUAAUCCGCUACUUGCUUGCCGCUCUGGUGAUCAAGAGCUUCCUCACGAUCGUAACUUUUGGCAUCAAAGUGCCUGCUGGUAUCUACGUCCCAUCCAUGGUUGUUGGUGGUCUCAUGGGCCGAAUUGUCGGCCAUGUCGCACAAUAUCUCGUGCUCAAGUAUCCGACCUCGUUCAUGAUGGGGUCUUCUUGUCCGGCCGCUGCUGGUAUGGAGUCUUGCGUGACACCAGGUGUUUAUGCCAUGGUUGCAGCUGGUGCUACGAUGUGUGGUGUCACACGCCUGUCGGUAACCCUUGCCGUCAUCCUUUUUGAAUUGACAGGCAGUCUGGACCACGUGCUCCCGUUUUCGCUGGCGGUUCUUUGUGCCAAGUGGACGGCCGAUGCAAUCGAACCCCGCAGUAUCUAUGAUCUCCUGACGGACAUGAACGCAUAUCCCUUCCUCGACAACAAGCUCCAGCCCCUGUCAGACGGACAACUUGGCGACCUUAUCCGACCCCUGCGGGCCAGCCGAGUCAUUGACAUUUCCGACUCGCCAUUUGUGCCCGCACCGGAGCUACGGUCGAAGCUCCAAAGCUUGCUCAUUGCUGGCGAGCUCGACAGUGGCUUGCCGAUUUUGCGUGACAACAUUCUCGUCGGGCUGAUCCCUGCGCCAGACCUGGAAUAUGCGCUGGACAACCUCGAGGACGAGGAGAACACCUUGUGUUUGAUGGCGCUGGACGUAUCUUCGGCUGUAUCCGACAGUGAGGACCUGGAGAAUACAGACUGGGUGGACUUUAAUCAAUACAUUGAUCCUUCCCCCAUGGCUCUGGACAUUCAUUCUCCUAUUGAUCUUGUGUAUCAAUGCUUUGCAAAGCUGGGCCUGCGCUAUCUGUGUGUUCUGCACGAUGGGCAAUAUGCCGGCCUGGUACAUAAGAAAGCGUUCGUGAAGUUUAUGAAGCAGAACGAGUGAUCUCUGGGGUUGCUGGAUCGCAUUACGCGUUAUGAUUUGUUCUGGGAUUCUAGAUUCGGGCAUAUGUAAAUUAGCUAGGCGUUGGUUCAGCGUUCGAGGGUUCUUGUAUUUAGAGCUUGAUGGUGGCUGCGUGCUGCCGUACAUACCUGCA